ACGGCUGACGGUAAUGUUACGUCUCGCUCGCCACGGUCCGCCUCCGCGGCGUGGACGGCCUCGAAACCAGACCAGCGCCGAGCGAGAACAAGGAAGCAACAUGUGCCUUCCACAAUAACACGUCCUCGUCUGCUGGCUGUCGACCGCGCGCGCGACGGAGUCACGAAAGCCGAGCGUCCCUAAACCGGUUUUAGCUCCCGAGGACUUGACACGUUUGUCAAACCAUGAGAAGAGAGGUGAAGGCUGGAGUCAGCUUCAUCAAACGCUUUGCUGUAGAGCAUGGCAAGUUGGAUGAAGCCAAAGCAGAUGUGUUUGCUGAGAAGCUGCAGAAACUUCUAUGUGAGAAAUAUAAUGACCACUGGUACCCCGACAGUCCCAGCAAAGGGCAGGCAUUCAGGUGCAUCAGGAUAAACAAUGGAAUACCUUGCGAUCAAGUGGUACUCAAGGCCUGUGAGGCGAGUGGGCUGAAGCCCAGUGAGCUGGGCCUCCCACAGGAGCUCACGCUGUGGAUCGACCCUCUGGAGGUGUGCGCAAGAUCGAAAGAGACCUGUAGGCCCUUCACAGUCGCACGUUUCACAGAGGGAGAGGAAGAAAAGUUUGAGGGCUGUAGGGAUGAAGAAAAAGGUGACUCCUUGGUGGACUCGGCAAACCAUGACACAUCAGAUUACCACUCCGCUACCUCCUCUGAUUGUGGUUCAGCUGCAUCCAGUGACACAGAGGAAGAGGUGAAAGAUGGCGAGGUGGAAGAAGAGCGGGGAAAAGAAAAUAAAGGGAACAAGAGUGAAACAAUGGAGGAAGAUGAAUACGUGAUUACAAUGGUGCCCAGGAUCCGUGACAGAGUUCCAAAGGGGCAUAGGGAUGGAGUAAAUAAGCCCAAAUUCACCAGAAAUCAGCUCCCUGCUAGUCUCCAGUACUUUUACCACCCUGCACCAGUUUGGCCUCCAUAUAAGAAGAACAGUCAAGUGUUUUUCACCACAGUGUGCGCACCUCAGCCCCAGCCUGUAUUCGGCUACUACAUAAUGCCUCAACUACCUCCUCAGUUCAUUGUACCACAGGCUGCUCUCCAGCCAUGGAGUGCCGUAAAGGAUUAGAUAAAGCCAAUAAAUGAUUGAAGCCAAGCUGAUGGACGUGAAGGUGAGAGGUCAGUAACCUUAUGGGAGUAAGGGCAUUAAACCUUCCCUGAACUGAGCCAAUUGUGUUAAAUCACUGGGUUUUUUUUUCAUGUUUGCCAUGACUAAAACAUUUCAUAAAUAAUCCAGCUGAAAUUGUGAAAUGUGCUACUGCCUGUUUCCUUAAGUUUUCCACUGAUUUUAUAUUUUUAUACACAGAGAGAUACUGUUGAUGUUAAUAAGGUGCAUUAAGUAAGACAAAAUUGUGAUUAUGCAAUCUGUGAGUGAUAUUUUAUGAUCAUGAAAUAAUCUGUCAAGUCAUCUCAAUGGACUGAAAUCAAAAGGCCAAGGCUCUUCUGCACUGCUAGUUUUUUUUAUUAGUAUCCUCAGCAGUAAGAGUGACCUUAUUCAUUCACUGUGCCCUUGGACUAUCUCAGGAACUCUCUGCAAUAGACGUGAUGUCAAAUAAUGAUCUCUUUAUAGGUGCUAUGUACACAAUUACUGAGUCUGUCUGCCUCAACAUGGUCCACCGAAAAGUAAAAGUGCACUGUGUAUUGAUUACACAGUCAACCUAAUGCAUCAUUGUAAAAAACAAAUAAGGUUUAGGGUUUUAAUCCAUUUUAAUCUGUAUAUAUGAGUUAUUCUUACUAAGCUGCUUGUAAAAAAAAUGCAGGUGUUUGUUGUCAUCAAUUUAUGCACAUUGCUUUUUUUAAAUCUCAUUCAUUGUUUGUAAUUUAUUCGGCCACCAGUGGAUGGCACUAAAAUUACAACUGUUUCAUCAAAUACUUUUAUGCUUAUUUAUGGCUAUUUUUAUAUUUCAUUUCUUGCUUUAAAGUACAUGUAUAUGUUAACUGAUUGACUGUUUAUCCUUUUUUAGAAACCAGCAAGUCAGCAAAAUGUUGAAUUUCCAGGCUAAUGUGGGCCUGCCUGAUAAGCAAUUUAUUUUCUGUAUGAUUUUAUCAUUCUAACUGUACAUAGCUCUGCACACUGGAAAGGAGAAUCUGCUGGGGGUGUUAUAUACUUUGAAUUUGAAUAGAUGUUAAAUUCUCACAUUUUUAUGAGCUGUAAUUUUUAUAACCAGCUUUGUUUUUGUUUUGCUAGUUACUGUGUUUUGAUACGUAUUUAUUUACUAACCUCCAAGUGAUGUUGUACUGAUAUGGAGUAAAAUUGCACCAUGAACUUUUUUAAACCAGCUAUUUUUUUUCUACAUUUUCUAAUCAGAGAUGAUUAAAUCAGCUGAUAUA